UUUGCGGCAGCAGGGAAGUCGAGGGGCGAGCGGAGACAAACGUCGCCAGCGGACACACUUUACCGCCCCGCGAAACCGGCAAAUGUGCUUGAAAUCCGGCGAGCUGCACGUCCAUUGAAUGUCCCCCCCCUCGCUUAGUCGAUGAGCUUGUGUUCCUCGAGUCCCAGGGCGUGAAUCUGCACCUUGAUGCGGCGGGAUGGCCACGGUGCCGCCCGGGCCUAGUAGCGCUGCGGCCGCGUCCCCCGUCCCCGGCGCAGGCGCCGCCUUUCCCCGGAGAGGGGGCGCCGAGCCGCCGCCGCUGCUGCAGAGGUCGGUCCGGAGGAAGCAGAGAGGCGGGCACCUGGACAUGCAGAGCCCGCAGGUGAACGGCUGCUCCGAGAACGGGGUGUCGGACUUCUCCCGGUCCGAGGACGGGUUCGGAGCAGGGAAGCAGUUCGAGCAUGCCAAGCCCCCCCGGCCGCCGGGCGGCGAGCCCCGGGACGGGGGGGAGGAGAGCCCCGCCGCCCCGGUGGAGGAGCUGGCCCAGCUCGACCUGGGCCAGGACAUCCGCUACGUCCGCUACGAGUCUGAGCUGCAGAUGCCCUGGAUCAUGAGACUCAUCACCAAGGACUUGUCUGAGCCUUAUUCCAUUUACACCUACAGGUACUUCAUCCACAACUGGCCGCAGCUCUGCUUUCUGCUGCAGUCCAACAUCUGA